AGCUCAUUCUAAAACACCUCAGGCCCGGAGCUGUCCUGGUGUGUGACUGCCUAUUGAAUAAUUGAUUCAGAGAGGGAGGAGGGCGGUUACUAUCAGAUCUGAGCAUAAUGACUUUAUAUAAUUAGCACGCAGCGUUGAAAAAAAAAGAAAAAAGAAAACCCAUUUGACUGUGGGAGUUUUUUUUUGCAGAGAGAGAGAGAGGAGGAGGAAGAGGAGGAGGAGGGAGCUGAGAGAGAGAGAGAGAGAGGUUCAGUCUGAGCAGAGCAGCUCAUCUGAGAGGAACAGCAGCAGUCUGCACAGACAGACAUGCUUCAGCACACUGACAUCAGCUGCAGACACACAACCUCUUGAUUUGAGGACAUUAGUCCUGCUGCAAGGUGAUACCAGGAGACGCUGCUUUCAUCCAUCCGAGGAGCGUUUCUUUUUAUUAUUUCUCUUUUUUUUUUUUUUUUACGAGAAAGCGACUCCAUGGCUGUUCCUGUCUGCUCUCUCUCUCUCUCUCUCUCUCUCUCUCUCUCUCUCUCUCUCUCUCUCUGGGUUUAAUGAGGAGCUGAGCUGAAGUUUGAGCGUGCCACAGAUCCUCUCUGUGUUUAUUUGUGGGUGUUAUCUUAAAGGGUCUCCUGUUGUUGGAUUGUUGUUUUCCAGAGAGGAUGGUGCUGGACAAGGAGGAGAGUGUGUCCCUCGUGUCCCUCCAGUCCAGAGAGAAGCCGAGGGGCUGUGCCGGCUGCAACGGGAAGAUCCGGGACCGCUUCAUGCUGCAGGCGUUGGACAGGUACUGGCACGAAGACUGUCUCAAGUGUGCCUGCUGUGACUGCCGCCUGGGCAGGGUGGGCUCCACCCUCUACACCCGGGCCAACCUCAUCCUCUGUCGCAGGGACUACCUGAGGCUCUUUGGGGUGACGGGGAACUGUGCAGCCUGCAGUAAGCUGAUCCCUGCCUUUGAGAUGGUGAUGAGAGCCAGAGACAACGUCUACCAUUUAGACUGCUUCGCCUGUCAGCUCUGCCGCCAGAGAUUUUGCGUGGGAGACAAGUUUUUCCUCAAGAACAACAUGAUCCUGUGCCAGCUGGACUACGAAGGAGGCCAUCUUAAUGGCAGCGCAGAGAGGCAGCCUCAAUAAGAGAUGAGAACAGGACGUCUGUGAGCCAGUUGGACUCUGAAACUCACAGCAGCCGAAUCGUCGUCUUCAUCAGCUUCCUGUUUCAGACUGUGUGGAAACACUGAUGGGACACGUUUCCCAUGAUUGAACUCUUUAUUACAGAGCUGCGUGGAAACUAUCCUGAAAACGAACAUUUCUGAUCAGAUGGACCAGAGAUCAACCAGGAAGUGAACAUGGAAACUAUCAGGAGGAUAUUUAUGGUUCUGCCCUUUUUCUUUUUUUUCUCCGUUCAACAAAUAAUUUGAAGAGUCUGUUCACCAAACUAGAAAUACUAGAUGGAUGGAGGGGAGCCAAUCAGGCCACACAUAGCAUCAAGCUAGUCAUCCAUCACAGAAAAUACUAAGUUGUCAAAUUGUUCUGGCAGUCUCUGAACUGUCCUCUGUGGUGAACCCCGCCCCUCUGGCAUGUAGGAAACCGCAAAACAAACUGAAACAUAUUCACUGUUUAAAUACAGUUCAACGACGGAGGAGGAUCGACUGCUGCGACCGAACUGAGAGGCGCUUCAAACCCUCCGUAGUUUUGUUUUCACUCUGAUCUCAAGCUGAUUUUUUUUUCUUGACUAAUUAAACUGAAUUUUAAUUUCA